AUCAAAACAAUGUCAGUUUAAAAAGAGUAUUGUUGGGAAAAAAUGCGCUUUCCGUGUUUUGCAUGUUAACAUAUUGAGCUGAAUUUUUCAAGAAUAAUGUAGGGUAGUUCGGCGGGUGGCUAGAUAUUGCAGCGUAAUGUCAGGGAGUGAAAAGGGACAGCGUCCAUCCUCCCAUGGAGCCCAUCUGAGCACCGACAACAUUGUCACCCUAAACCCAUUUCGUAAUUUGGUUUUUUUCUUUGAUUCCCGUUUUCUAAAUGUAAGCUUUAAACAAAAAAAAUCGCCCUCAAUACGCGAUCAAAUUUCACAAGCCAAAUCGUCCGGAUGUAGGUAAUUAUUAUGAUUUUUUCGCCCAACAUCCCAUCGCUAAAAAAACAUAACAGUACAGAAAUUUUAUCUAGUUGUCUGUGAUCGUUACUCAUUUGGUCUAAGUUGUAGGAGGUCUCAAAAUUACUAAGCCGAAAUGGACUCCCAACAGUACUGCCUUAGGUGGAACAACCACUUGAAAAACUUGACAGACGUGCUCACUGAUUUUUUAAGGGAACAAGUACUAUGUGAUGUAACAUUAGCAAGUAACGGACAAGUUUUCCAGGCCCACCAAAUAGUCCUCUCAGCAUGCUCUCCUUACUUUGAAACGCUUUUUAUUCAAACGCCAAACAAACAUCCGAUAGUCUUCUUGAAAGAUGUGAGUCCAAAUGAAGUGAAAGCCUUGCUGGACUUCAUGUAUAAGGGCGAAGUAAACGUAUCGCAGAACCUCCUUCCUUCCUUCUUGAAAACCGCCGAGAGCUUACAGAUUAGGGGCUUGUCUGAUAGCAACAGUUUGAAUAGUCAAGCUGAUGAAAGAGAAACGGAAAACAAACCUCCGGCGAGAAGGGAGCGGGAGGUUCAAAAGCAAGGUAGAGACAGUCCGGCUUUAAAGAGAAAACGAACCGCAUCGAAUAACAACUGUGAUAAUUCAUCGAAUUCUGUUGAUAGGAAUACAUCAGACUCACAGGUUUUUGUGUCUGACUCCCCUGUUGAUCGGGAUCGCGGUCGAAAUGAACGGGACGCGGGCGGAACCCCGUCGAUUAAAUCAGAGCCACAUGAUGGGAAUCCCGUGGAUACUUUCCACUCAGUGUCAGAAGUUUUACAAAGUGGUGGCAGCGUCAGUGUCCAUCAGGAUGAAGGCAGAUUGUCUUUGGGUAGCCAACCAGACCUUGCAGACAACAAUGAUCUAUCAAAUUUGGCGCCUCCUGAUAUGGCAGAUACAAUAGAUGGUUCAAAAACCUGGCACAUGCGGCUAACCUUUGACAAGUUGCCAGGCGGUUGUAACCUGCAUCGCUGCAAACUUUGUGGGAAAAUAGUGACGCACAUCAGAAACCACUAUCAUGUGCACUUCCCCGGCAGAUUCGAGUGCCCCUUAUGCAGAGCCACCUACACUAGGAGCGACAACCUGCGCACUCACUGCAAAUUUAAACACCCCCGGUAUAAUCCGGAUACCAGGAAGUUCGAUACCAGUCCAAAAUACGAAGCAACAGUACCACCCACUGCCCCCUCUGGUGGGCAGUUGGCUAACGAUGCUUCGGCCGACUGAUUUUGGCUGUACUACUAUUUUUACUAUCGGGCUUUGUGCGAUUCUUAGCGGUAGUAGUCGGGCUGGCCGGUUAAACAUGGUUACAGUUUAAACUACUUUUCCAUCCCCUAAUCGUUUUUUUCUUGAAUAAUAGCCAUUUUUUUCAGUCCCCGUCACUAGUAACUAACAUAAAAACACCCCUCAACGUAGCAUUACGUUAUUCCUAUAUAGUCGGAACGUUUUAUAACAUCGUCACGCUACUUCAUCCCCCCAUUGUUUCCAAAAACCUUCAUUGUAAUUAAAGGCACAGCUCGCCAAGGGACACUAUUAAUCAUUAUGCAUUUAUUAUUCAAAAUCCGAGAUUAAUGGUAUAUUAAAGUCAUCGCCUCACCCACCCUAAGCCAAACAGCAACAAAUAAUUUCCGCAAAGCAUGCAAAGUAAUCGGGUUUUAUUUCACCGCCUAUCGGAAAACGAAUGGUUAUUAUUCUAGACCAGGAGAUCGGAAAGCGUAUGAAGAAACUGUAAUCCGUACUACUUACGCUAACCUCCAGCUCUAUGUUAUUGUAUCUCAUGUACUAAUAUACAGGGUGGAGCAACGGGCACCGCCGGGGUUCAUUUAUGGCAAACUGUAGUUUGGGCAGUGUGCUAAAAUCACUGAGGGCAAGCGACCUAAAAUAUAUUCAAGAUUGCUUAUUUUAGUUGCAACACUGUAUAUUGUUUCACUUUUGAUAUUCACUAGAAGUUCUAGAUACUUUCAUGAGUAAUAUCCGAACUUAAGACUAACUAUUUUGGAGAUAUUUAAAAUGUAUGUCAAUAAUGCGGUUUAAUGUAGAUAGAUUUUUUUUUUUAAAACUGAAAUAUUUAGACUUAGCUUUAACUUUAGAACAAACAAGCUAAAAGAUUUUUUUCGAUUCCUAUGUUAUAUUAUUUCUUAAUUUCACCCAGACAUAAUUUCUAAUGAUUUUCAGACGGUGUGUGACAGCUGUCAAUAUUCUUGUAGCCGUCAAUUUUUUUCUGUCAUCAUAUCUGUCAUAUAUGACACCAUGUCAUGGCCAACUAAGAGCAUCUACAUUGCCUUAUAACAAUGAUCAAAUUGACAUUAUAUCGGAAACAAAACGUUUCUUAAUUGACCUAAAAUUAUCACCAAAGCCCAAUUAAAGUAUGAUAAAAAUGAAAUACGAUCAGGUGGCUAUUCGACAAAUUAGCACUCGUAUAGGCAAAAACUUCUCACUCGUGGCAUACCCAAAAAUCUGCUGUACUUCCUUGUACGAGAAAAUAAUUAUCCGAGUCCAACAACGGCCAUUUCACACAUAAAAUUUUUAAUAUCUCAAAAAUCGUUACACUUUGGUACAGAAACCGACACAUUAAAAACAUUUAGAAUUUUCCCGAUGUUCCAUUUAAAGUAAGCUAGAUGAUGGCUACUGGCGGUAGAACCGAAAAUGUGAUUAGAUCGCUUGCUCCUAAAGUAUACUCUUCAAUUUUCCAAAUGGUACUAUUUACAAUUUUACAUAAAUGGAUCAAAGCGGGUCUUGUUAGGACACCCUGUAUACAUAUUUCAACGGUUGAGUUUUGAUCGUUUUGUAUGGGUGCGUUUGGUUUGCAUUGAAGCUGCUCAUUAAUUCAUCUCCACUAUUUUUUAAUCCUCGAAUUCAAAACUGGUUUUUCUAUUCUCACAUUUUACUGCUGGUUUUUUUGCCUGUUUGCCACGAUAAACCAACUAGGCGCCAUUGGCUCUCGGUUCUUAGUUGGGGCCUCAAUCAAGGGGCAAAAAAAUGAUUAUCCACUGUUCCAAACAUCGCAAGCAAAUUGAAAUGAAUUUUCGAACAUCUUCAACGAACCAUUCCGCAUCCCAAGCAUAUUAUAUUACAUUUUAUAGCUAAAACAAAAACUAUAUAAAUUUAUUUAUGCUAUACACAUAACUGGUAUAAUAGAUAUAAUAUUAAAAAAAUCUCCGAUAUUGCAAUAAGAACCUACUCUAUUCUAGUCUAUACAAUCAUUAUAUUACUGUUACUCUUGUUUGUUUCAUUAUGUAUUUUGCAAACCGAUGAAUUUUAUAGCUUUGUUUUCGGCAACAAGGGACUGCGUGCUUUUACUCAUUUACAGUGAGAAUGAAAAAUUGUUCGACCUCCAAAACAUUAACGAAACUGUUGGUUCUUUCUGAAGAACGCUACUUUAAGUUCUCCGCCUCGAUUUUUAGCAAUAAAAAUAUUAAAUAGGUAUAUAAUCAGCUUGAAUUCUUGAAAAUUAUGAUAAAUUAAUAUAAUAUAUUAUGUUAUAAAAUAACGUGUAAUAUAGAUAUAACAAUACGGGAUGUUUUAAGAAGUUUUAUAUUAUAUAAAAGUUGAAUCUGUGAUGACUAUUCGGACGUUUAAAACGAAACUAAGUUUUUUGUAAAGAUUUUAAAAUUAGCUAAAGACGCCCAUAGAAUGGAAUGAAAUGCAUAUAAUAAGUAAAAUUAAAACUAAGUUUUUUAAAUGCAUUUCGUUCUGUUCCUUGGACGUUUGAAAUAUGUAUAUGCCCGUCCGCAUAAAGUGAACUACGAAGCAUUUUAGAUAAGAUGUAAUGUAAAUUUGCUAUAAAUUCCUUCUUUAUGUCGAAGUGAAAUUUAAUUAAAUUGUCGAUAGUAAUGCUGAUAUCCAACUUUUUGAUUCACAACCGAAAUAUUACUUUGUAUUUAAUUCAGUUUUUAAUACUCAAUAUCGAUAUUAGCACAUAAUAUCUUCUUCUUUAUUCAAAAGUCCUAAUAAAUUCCAUUUUCCAAUAUAGUUUGGACACUAUUGCAAUAAUUAUUUUAAUGAUUGUUUGUAAAAUUAUCUAAAAAAGAGUUCGCCAAACUAACUAUUUGUUAUGUUAAUGUAAGUGCAAUUUUACAUUAUCUUUAUUAACCAUUACCUCACCUGUUUAGCAUCUGAUAUACGUUAAGAACUACUAAUUACUAUUACUACUACUAGGGUAAGAAAUCUCGAUUUAAAUUAAUUUUAAAUUCGCGACAUUGGCUAAGAUUUAGAUUCAAGAGCAAUUUUAUUAGGAGGCAUUUUCCCUUCUAAAAAAUUGAACUGCGAAUGAAAUUUUAGAGAAAAUUUGCUUUGGAUUAGAAAAGAUAUUUCUUCUGGAGGUUAAACCGUAUUCGACUUUUAGCACGCAGAUUUGAACUGUAUUGGUCAGUGCCUCCAAGUGUAAUACAGCUAAACCCAAAGCAAAUCGUGUGUGACUAUUGGCGGCCUUUUAGAUAAAUAAUUUUAUUCAACUACUUCGAGGAAGUAAAUUGUAACAUAUUGUACAUCCGUGUUAUUUGCUUGAAACGCUCAAUUUUAAUCUUAACAUUCGUUUUAUAACGCUAAAACACAUUAAUAUCAGUCAAAUUUGUUUUUUAUCAUCCGAAAUUGGAAAAGAUAAUUUAAUUUAGCAGCAAAGUAUAAUAUUCCCUUAAAAUGACUACUUAUUGAUUACUUGCUUUAAAGUGAAUUUGCAAUGUAUUUAUUGUCAAAAGCAUAUUAUUAAUCAAGGAAUGUUAAUAUAAAUGUGGGUGUUACAUGCAAAUAGGUUCCCAUUGAAAAUCCGUAUAUGUAUAAAAGGGAAUAUUGUAAUUAACAGCAAUUCUAUAAUAUGUGAAACAAGUCAAUUUAGAAUAAUUUUCAUUAAUAAUAUAUAUUUUAUAACGUUACUAUAAUUAUCGAAAUUAUCUAUACCCUAUUGGCGAUUUUUAAAUGGUAAAUAAACCUUGAAAAGGAAUGUGAUAUGUUAGGAAGCGUUGGUGCUAUAAGCAACCUGUUUUGUGCAAUACUAUGUUUUAAUCUACUUAAAAGAAACUUCAUUAUCAGUUUUAGGCCCCUAUUUUUGUAAAAUAUAUUUCUGCAAUGUUCCCCAGGCUUGUUCAGAUGAAACCAAAGACAAAACCAAACCAGAUUACGUCUCUACUUUGAGAGAUUUAUUUAAACUAUUGUUGUCGGAACAAGUCGUAUAGCAGUCCAAAAAUUGUUACAUAUCAAAAUGAUUACGUGCACUCACUAAAUGAGAAAAAAAUGCUUCGAGCAAGCCAGCAUAUCUGUUUUGGUUUGUGGCUUUUUGAGGACUUGUGGAACUAUUUUAAAAGUGUUCAAGCAAUGUGCAAGUAACUUCAAUUGUAUAUUACCUAUUCUGCAACAUGAGUUAAAAAUGGUCAUUUUAUAAUCAUUUCCCAGCUCUUCACAUUGACUUGACACAACACUAUAAAAUUGCCUUUCAAUUUGUUAUUAUAUAAAAGGUUGCGGAUGUUUUUUGAUAUAUACAUUAUAUUAUACAACUCUUAUUAUAUUAUAUCGAUUUCUAUAUGUUAAAGCUGAACCUUUUGUUAGAUAGUUUUUUAAAAAUAUACAUCAUAUUAGUAGGUUUUUCUUCUGUCAAACAGAACGAAAGCGUUUCGAAUUUAGAAACAUAGUAUGUACUCCGUGUAAGAAAAUGCUCGGCAUUUAAAUAUUUUUGCAUACAUUAUGUCAAUUUUUCGUAAAAUCGUUGCUCAUUAAUUACCUAAAUAUCUAAUGAAUAGGCAAAUAUUUAUUGAUAUACUUUAUACAAUAUCACAUUAUGCAGAUCAUAUUUUCUUGCCUGAAUAUUUUAUAAUACAAUUUUUCCAUUGUGAAAAUAACAAAUUUUUCUUAGACAGAUUUUCAAAUUAAAUGGUCAAAUCGUAUGAUCGCAUAUUGAGUUCUAAUAAUUCUUUAUUCUCCUGUUGUACUUUUGUGCCAACUAUUCUAUAAAAACAAUCUGAAUGCUCACAGCCAUUCAAUAUUCUAGCUUGUCGCAAGUGUAUUUAUUUCAAUUUGCUUAGCAAAAAGUUCAAGCAAGCACUGUUAAAUUUGUGUUUUAUAUCAUCGAGAAACCGAUUAAUUUUACAGUUCAUCUCAUAAAUUGCGUUUAAAGAAGUCGAUAUUUCAUCAAAUUGCAAGUAAUUUUAUUUCUCAAGGUAUAUUCUACUUUUACAUAGUAGUGUGUAUGCUAAUAGUUACUUUUAGCAGAAAAAGCGAUUUGACACCUAGGUCGAUAAACUAGAUACGGGUAGUGAACGUUAUCACGGGAAAAACCAUAAUCACUAAUCUCAAUUCGAAAGUGGGAGCUUCUUAUUUUUGCUGGGCAAAAACUAACAAACAUUGUUUCCGCAUUUUGAAUGCUUCUAUCACAAACCGUAAUUUUAAAAGCGUAUUUUUAAUAAAUAUUACUCUUUGUUACUUAAACUGAGUUAAGUUUAUAAUUAGUGUUUGAUUUUAUAAUAUUGAAUCAUAUAAUAUAAGAUAACGAACUAUUUGAAUUCUUUUGAAGCAUUUAUGUACUUUAUUAUUUUUAUUAAAAAUGGUGUGUUUCAA